AUGAGCGUACCUGGCGGCAUAUAUGAAGGUUUCUGCCUGGGUGUCGGGCCGGCAGCAUUCAACACCAAAAACAGCUGCGGUGGAGAUGCAGACGUCUUUACCGACACUGAGCGUAGCACGUUACGGGCAACUGGCACCUGCUCAGGCAGCACCGUAGGCUACGUACAUACUGGUAUAGUCUAUUGCAAGCGUGCUGAUUCCACUGAUGCCAUCGGGUCCGCCUUGGCGGCUGAGGAGGUUUCGUACACGGAAAUGGAGCAGAUUCUUAAUCGGGUGUCAGCCAGCGUCGCGGAGUGGGAAGCCAAGAUCUCGCUGGCUGAAGACACUGAACACGCAUUCAGCUUGUCAGCAAAGCUGGAAGAGUCGGUAGGGCGUCUUCUGCGUCUUCUGAAUGGGCUCAUCAGUGAACGUGUUAUGAGCAGAGGGUCGAAGCAUACGAUGAUGGGGCAGCAGUCGACUCUCCCUGAAGUAACCGAAUCGAAGGUUGCUCCUGCUGAAAACCGGUGUCAGCAACUUCCGGCCCAUCAAGGGGAGUUGGUGGUGGAGGUAGGGGCCGAGGAUGUCCAUGUAGUCAUCCCCGAGGUCGACACUGAGUGUCGAGUCAUGCAUGACGAGAGGCUCACAACCGAAUCUACCACCAACAUUACCGUGACCGACGACGGGAUUGGUAGGAUAGACGAGACCAUGCCAGAGAAGGCUCGCAAGUACCCUGAGCUUAAAUCUAUCGCCUUUGGUCUAAGGGCGAGGUUUGCGAAGAGGGCAGAACUGCAGGCAUCCUCAAUGAAGGAAGCGAGGGGGUUGAAGAGUAUUGUGAUGAAGAAUGAGAGGCGUGUGAGAAGGUUCGCGGAGGAGUUGGAACGGAUAUGA